AUGCGUUCAUCUUAUGAUUCAUAUUAUUCAUCAUCUGCUUCUCUUCGCAAUUCAAAUCAUUCAUCUCCAUUACAUUCUUUGGACGCUGGUUUAGCACCAUUUUCUGGUAGUGAUCGUGCUGAAUUUCGUGAUCGUUAUGAAAAUAAAUAUGCGUGGCUUGAAAAAAAUCAUGUUAAUCAAGUAGGUUCAACAUAUAAAUCAUUAGGUAAACAAGUUGAUCACAAGCCAUCAACAUGGCGAUGUGAAGAUCAAGCUGAAACAGGAAAAGAAUUUUUACGGAUUAAUGAUGAAUGUGCUGAUAAAAUCUAUGAUAUUCGUGAACGAAGUGAUUUAUCUCGUGAAUGGCUUCUUAAUGCAGAUGGUGUUGCACCACGAUUUUAUCGAUUAGAAGCUGAUGCAUUAAAAACUCGUUAUGAAUUAAACAAUAUUAAACGUAAAUUAGACGGUAUCAAACAAUUACGUGCUCGUCUUUUCAAAUAA